AUGGUCCCCGACUACCGAGACCAAGAUCAGGAUUCGACCACCGGCACCAGCAGCGGCAUCCAACUCCUCGACUACACCGACCUUGCCGACGACGAGAAUGGCAAUUUUUACUCCUCCGACCCUCUCGCCGCCUGGGAAUCCACCCUCGCGACCUGGAAAGACCCGCAAGACAUCGGCGAGAACUGGACCGCCUGCGGCCUCUUCACCCACCCCGACGGAAACAAGAAUUUCGUGAGCGGCAGCAAUGACAAGAUCUACUGGAUGUACGAGGGCAUGUUUCGCCUUCUGGACGCCGACGAGCUGGACAAGUUCAAUCGCUGGAGAGACGGUGAUGCCCACGCUUUUGAUGAGCCUGAGGAGAACGAGCAGCCUGCACCACAGGACCCGGAGAAGAAGACUUGGGUGCGCGCGCCGCUGCGCAAGAGGGGUGGAAGGAUGAACAACAAGUGGUACUAUUGGAAUUUGGAGAUGGAGAGUAUUGCGGAGGAGAGCGAGGAGGAGGAGGAGAAGUUGGUGGUUUGGAGGGAUUAG